AUGGCCAAACAGGAGACGUAUGUUGGAUCGAUUGAUCAAGGAACAACAAGCACCAGAUUCAUCAUCUAUGAUAACAAGGCUCGACCCGUUGGAUCUCACCAGGUCGAAUUCACUCAGUUCUGCCCACAAGCAGGAUGGGUGGAGCAUGAUCCUAUGGAGAUUCUGGAGAGUGUAAGGAUAUGUGUAGCAAAAGCGAUAGAUAAAGCCACCGCCGAUGGUCUCAACAUCGAUAAUGGCCUGAAAGCCAUCGGAAUCACCAAUCAGAGAGAAACCACCGUCGUUUGGAGCAAAUCCACCGGUCUUCCUCUUUACAGCGCCAUCGUCUGGAUGGAUAUUCGUACCAGUUCCAUUUGCAGGGAAUUAGAGAAGAAGUUAUCAGGUGGAAGGAAUCAUUUUGUUGAGACUUGUGGGUUGCCAAUAAGCACUUAUUUUAGUGCACUUAAGCUGCUAUGGUUGCUGGAAAAUGUCCAAAAGGUUGCCGAAGCUGUUAAGAAGGGUGAUGCACUCUUUGGAACCAUCGACUCGUGGGUGAUCUGGAACUUAACCGGAGGUAUUCAUAACGGUAUACACGUUACAGAUGUGUCGAAUGCAUCAAGAACGAUGCUUAUGAACCUUAAAACACUAGAUUGGGACAAACCAACGUUGGAAACUUUAAAGAUUCCUUCGGGAAUCCUACCAAAGAUCGUUAGCAACUCUGAGAUUGUCGGUCAUGUAGGACAAGGAUGGCCGUUUUCUGGGGUUCCGAUUUCAGGAUGUUUGGGUGAUCAGCAUUCAGCCAUGUUGGGUCAAUCUUGCAAACAAGGACAGGCAAAAUGCACUUAUGGAACAGGUGCUUUCAUACUUCUGAACACCGGUGGGGAAGUGAUCAAAUCGACCCAUGGUUUAUUGACGACUUUAGCUUUCAAGCUCGGGAAAGAUGCUCCUGCAAACUAUGCUUUAGAGGGUUCGAUCGCGAUCGCUGGAGCUGCUGUUCAGUGGCUGAGGGACAGUCUUGGGAUCAUUAGUAGUGCCAGCCAGAUUGAGGAGUUGGCAAAACAGGUUGACUCGACUGGCGGAGUGUACUUUGUCCCGGCUUUCAACGGACUCUUUGCACCAUGGUGGCGUGAGGAUGCUCGUGGUGUUUGUAUCGGGAUUACAAGGUUCACGAACAAGUGUCAUAUAGCUCGAGCCGUGCUUGAAAGCAUGUGUUUUCAGGUGAAGGAUGUGUUGGACUCUAUGCAUAAAGAUGCUGGUGAGAAAGAGAGGCAUGAAAAAGGGCAGUUCUUGCUUAGGGUGGAUGGUGGUGCUACUGUUAACACUACCCUUAUGCAGACCCAGGCUGACAUUAUGGGUACACCGGUUGUGAGACCAGCUGACAUAGAGACAACGGCACUUGGAGCAGCGUAUGCAGCUGGUUUAGGUGUCGGAAUUUGGAAAGAAAAUGAUCUAUUUUCAAACGAGGAACGAAUGAAGCAAGAUACCAAAUUCACUCCUGCAUUAAGUGAGGAGGUGAGGAAGAAGAAGGUGGCUUCUUGGUUCAAAGCUGUGGAAAGAUCAUUUGAUUUGGCUGAUUUAUCCUUCUAA